AAGAGCUGCCCCGAGGAAGCACCCGCAGACAGUGACGGACCCCGGCGGCCAGAGGGAGGACACACAACCUGUUGAUGUGCAACAAGUGUGAGCUCCAGCUCAUGGCAGGACCCCAGCCCAUCUGCAUCCCCACAUCAGAAGCUGCGGCACAGUAAAAGCUCAGCACACCAUCUGCCAACUGGACACCACUGGAGGCCUGACAACGUUAUCAAAACACACAAAAAGAGAUUUAACUUUUUGUCUGUCAACCCUGGAAAUUGUAUCUGGAAAACUUCAGAGAAGAGAACUUUUUGCUACCUGUUUUGCAUCUCCUGGAGACAGUUUCAAUAAAGACAUGAUGGAGGACCACCUUUUGAAAAUCCCCAUGAUGUCGUCCUCCUCCCCAAGUGAAUCUUCUGUGAGUGGUGGGACAGACGACAGCAGAGCAGCCAAGAGUCCAUCCCCGGGCAAAGCUCUGAGCCCGGCUCUGGUCUGCAAAGUGUGCGGAGACACCAGCAGCGGGAAACACUACGGCAUCUACGCCUGCAACGGCUGCAGCGGCUUCUUCAAACGCAGCGUGAGGAGGAGGCUCAUUUACAGGUGCCAGGCCAGUACAGGCAUGUGUCCCGUGGACAAAGCUCACCGCAACCAGUGCCAGGCGUGUCGGCUGAAGAAGUGCCUGCAGGCGGGCAUGAAUAAGGAUGCAGUACAGAACGAGCGGCAGCCCCGCAGCACAGCUCAGGUCCGCCUCGACUCCAUCGACGUGGACCCUGAGAAGGAGCACCUGGCAACCACGCGGGAGCCCGCCUGCUCUUCCUCAUCCUCUUCUUCCUCCUCGUCUUCCUCGUCUGUCAUCACGUGGCCCCACAUCACCUCCUCCAUAUCCAUCACCUCCUCUGUGGCCCCUCUGCGCUGCACCAGUCCCCAAAAUAACCACCGCUUCAUGGCCAGCCUCAUGACGGCAGAGACCUGCGCCAAGCUGGAGCCUGAGGACGUUGACGAAAACAUCGAUGUAACGAGCAACGAACCGGAGCGAGCGUCCUCGGAGUACCACAUGGCUCUGUACCCGUCCAGCUCAGAGAACGUGUACGAGACCUCGGCCAGGCUGCUCUUCAUGUCGGUGAAGUGGGCCAAGAACCUGCCCGUGUUUUCCAACCUGCCCUUCAGAGACCAGGUGAUCCUGCUGGAGGAGGCGUGGAGCGAGCUCUUUCUGCUUUGUGCCAUCCAGUGGUCUCUGCCUCUGGACAGCUGCCCGCUGCUUUCCCUGCCGGACCUCUGCCCCGGCAUGCAGGGAAAGACCAGCUACACCAGCCUGGACCUGCGCCUCCUGCAGGAGGUCUUCAGCCGCUUCAAGGCCCUCGCUGUCGAUCCCACUGAGUUCGCAUGCCUCAAGGCAAUCGUGCUCUUCAAGCCAGAGACUCGUGGUUUGAAAGAUCCAGAACAAGUGGAGAACCUGCAGGAUCAGUCCCAAGUGAUGCUGGGACAACACGUCCGCUCACACUACCCCAGUCAACCAGCUAGGUUUGGAAAGCUGCUUCUUCUUCUUCCCUCUCUGCGUUUUGUGAACUCAGAGCGGAUAGAGCUGCUGUUCUUCCACAGGACCAUCGGAAACACUCCCAUGGAGAAGCUGCUGUGUGACAUGUUCAAAAACUAAAACCCAUCACCCAAAAACCCAUGCACUCAUUAAUAAUCUCCAUGUUCGGAGGGAUGUUAAUUGACAGUUAUUUGCUUUGUAUUACUGUCUACAUAUCAGAGAUUCUGCAUGCUGUUAUUUUUCUAAAUGCCACUUUAUUAUUUGUUUGUUGUUUUCACAUCAGAUCAUCCUGAAAAAGGAAAUGGAGUUCAGUUGUUAUCAUCGUGCUUGCUAUAUCUAUUUGUAUCAUAUUUAGAUUUUGUGUCUGAAGUGCAGAUCUUUAUUUGUUUGGUGAUAGAUGGACUGUGUAUCCCUGCUGUCAUUAAUGUGACUGUUAUAUUCAUGUUUUCAUGCCUUGAUAAAGACAAAAUGCUUGAAAAUGGUUUUUGACUAUUUUUACAAAGAGUUUCACAAGAGAUCAUAAAGGCAUCAGACUUUCAGUUAUAAGGUUCAAUAAUAAAAACGCUGAAGGUUCAUUGCAUGAAGUAGAGGUAGGAAUGU